GUGGCUGAGCUGUUGACAGGAGGCGGUGGCGGAGGAGGAGGCGAGGCCGGACCCGCGGCUCUGCCCCGCCACCGCCGCGGUAGUGCUAGGCAAGCCCACGGAGCCACGCGGGCCUCAACCCGCCAGCGAAACUCCCGCCCCGCUCCCACCCGUCGAUCUGCUCGGCCGCCCGCCCGCCCUACUCGUCCAGGGCGGCCUAGUCUGCACCACCCGACCGGCUCCUGGGGCUGCCGCCCCGCGCGGUCCCGUUGGCGUCCCUGGCCGCGCCCGGCCUGGGUUCGCUCGCUCGCCGGCACCAUGAUGGAGGAGAUCGACCGGUUCCAGGUGCCCACCGCGCACUCGGAGAUGCAGCCGCUGGACCCAGCCGCCGCCUCCAUCUCAGACGGAGACUGUGAUGCCCGGGAGGGUGAGUCAGUAGCCAUGAAUUACAAACCAUCCCCGCUCCAAGUAAAGCUGGAGAAGCAACGGGAGCUGGCCCGGAAGGGCUCCCUGAAGAAUGGAAGUAUGGGUAGCCCUGUAAUCCAACAACCCAAGAAGAACACUGUCAUGGCCCGGACAAGGCUGGUCGUUCCCAAUAAAGGCUAUUCCUCGCUUGACCAGAGCCCAGACGAGAAGCCACUGGUAGCCCUUGACACUGACAGCGAUGAUGACUUUGACAUGUCCAGAUACUCCUCUUCUGGCUACUCCUCUGCUGAGCAGAUCAACCAAGAUUUGAACAUCCAGCUGCUGAAGGAUGGCUACCGGUUAGAUGAGAUCCCCGACGACGAGGACCUGGACCUCAUUCCCCCCAAGUCCGUGAACCCCACUUGCAUGUGCUGCCAGGCCACGUCCUCCACUGCCUGCCACAUUCAGUAGUGGGUGGGGCCGCCGCAGCCAAUGGAGCCGGGCCACUGGGGGCCAGGGACCCUGGUUAGAUGAUGAGAAAAUGCCAAAGGGAGACAAGGACAGAGACGGUAUCUGCAGGGCCCACAAGGCCCAUACCAGCCCCCAACUGUGCCCAUCUCUCCCACCAAGGUCAGAUCCCUACACCCUGUCAUCUGGGCCCCAGCGCCAAGCCUCCUACUACUAUCACCACCACGCUGGGUUUCUUGACUCACUCUUCGAGAACAUGGGUACUUCCUCUUUUCCAAGUAGGGCCCCACCAGGGCUCAUUUAGACUGCUACCUUUGCUGCUGAUUUGCUGUGUGACUAUGGCCCACUGUUGAACCCCUCUGUCCCUGAGGAACCAGGGAACACUCCCUCCACGCAGGACAUACCUAGUUCCCUGGCAGGCAAGGACUUCCAACUGAGGCAGUGUACAAGUGGUGGGGAGAGGCAGCCAGCACCUCUGGGUCUAGGAAGUGUGUGGUUCCCUCCUCCCCUGUCCGGGAGGAUGGAGGGGAGGAAUUGAGGCCUUAGCUUGCCCCCUGUCAUUCUUCCCCCUUGUAGAUACUGCCUUAACACUCCCUCAACCCUCAGCUCUGGCUGCCACCCAGCCAGGUUUCUCCGUGCUCACUAAUUUAUUUCCAGGAAGGUGUGUGGAAGACAUGAGCCGUGUAUAAUAUUUUUUUUAACAUUUCCAUCGCAGUAUUGACCAUCAUCCUUGAUUGUGUAUCGUGUAACACAAAUAAUGAUAUUAAAGGCAUCAAACAAGUCA